AUAAGUACUCCAAAUACAAAUAUAUCUAUUCUAUAAAAAAAUAUUUCAUGACUAAAGGUACUAACCUAAAACAAACAAUAUUUAAGUAUUAAUUUGGCUUCCACAUCUCAAAAUCACAAUUAGAUCCUGCUCUCAAAAUGUCAAAAAGCGUACCUAAGAGCGGCGCGGGCAGUAAAGGAAAAUCAAAUGAAGAAAUUGCUGCUGGACUACAAGCAUUGCGUACUGAACAGCGGCAGCUAGCGAACAAAAUAUCUGAACUUGAAAUGGAUCUUAAUGAACACAAGACAGUGAUCGAAACAUUACGUGAAGUGGAAGGUGAACGCAAAUGUUUCCGGAUGUUCGGCGGAGUACUCGUGGAGCGCACAGUGGCCGACGUACUGCCAGAAUUGGAAACUAACCAGGAGCGACUGCCCAAAGCACUGCAGGCGUUACAUGAACAGCUGACGCGAAAAGGUCAAGAAAUAAAUGAAUACAUCGAGUCGCACGACAUCCACAUCCACCGCGGCGACCGCCCGCCGCCCGCCGCGCCCGACCACCCCGCCACCUCCAACGUACUCGUGCCCACCAACUAA